AUGAGUCGUGGUAAAGAUAACAAAAAUAUUGUUUAUAGUACAUGUAGGAGUCAUAUAAACAGAUCAGAAAAUGAUUUAUACAGAAUAUGUCCAUCUAAAUUAAGUAAAAAGGAAUUAGAGGACUUAUACUUUGCAUUAUUUGAUAGCAAUAUACAAUUGAAAAAAUCUUUAAAUGGACAAAGAGAUGAAAUCAAAGUGUUAACCACCAAAGUGCAAAGACUGACAGCAUUAGGAAAUCGUAACCAGGCUUGCUGUGCUAAAAGUUCGGCUGUUAUAAAUGAACAAAAAGAAUUAAUAGUAGAUUUAAAGAAGACUAAUGAGCAACUAUCAGAGAGAAUUCGUCUUCUCAAUAUGAGACUUUGUUCUGCAAAGCAGUUUUUAAGACGCGGCACAGCUCAAUCUUCUUCACGCUGUUCAAAAUGUUGUCUAGCUUUCAAUACAUCCAUUAAGAACUCGUCCAUGAGCGCGCUUUACACCAAGAGAAGUGUAGCCAAUGUUGGUAUCGAAGCCACGUCAUGUGAAUUUUUAGACAAAGAAAAUAUACCGGUACAGUCGACAGAGAAUACUACCACUCAAAAUGAAAUUAAAUCAGUCCGUGACGAAGACUGUCAGCAAAACAAGUGUCGAACUAUGAUAGAAGAGUUGAAAGAAAAGAUUGCUAUUUUAGACGAGGAGUUAAUCAAAACACACGACCAGUACUCGGAGCGAUUGAAUAAAUCAAUCGAGGAGGUUACCCUGCUCAGGAACGAGAACUCUCGAGCCAGAGCUGAACGAAUAGUUGCGGAACAGCACCUGCACACGCAGUACGGCGCUCUGCUGGAGCAGCUUCGAGCAGAGGAGCAGCGAUGCGGUGAUUUAGAAGCUCGGUUAAUGAUUGAAAAGGGCAAAGUCUCCGAAUUGGAGAUGCGACUGAAGGCGGCAGAGUUAUCCAGACAUGUCGCUAAGACGUUGGAGAAACAAUAUACAAGUUCCAUCGUCCUGACACCCAACAGUUCUUCAUUAUCCGUGAAUAAAGGAGUUCCAGACAAGGCGAAUGAUGAUUCUGGUUACAUUGACACGAGCCAAGACAAGAUGAGUCGAGGGAGUAGCAAUAAGGAUUUGGUCACUGGCCAAAAUGAUGACCGAGACAUCCUAGACCAAAUAGCCAGCCUCCAAGCGGAGUUAGUCAGUUUGAAACACUCCUUCAAAAAUCACAAAGAAACCUCUGAACAGGAACACUCAUUAAAUAUCAAUAACUUCUUGCAACAGAAAUCAAAUAAUGGGGAGAGUUCAGAAAUAAUCGACGGUGACUUUGCUUCUCAUACCGGAGAUAUAGGAAACAUCGACGCCCUGCUGUCCGUAUCGCGAGAACGAGACGAAGAAACAAAUGAUGGUUUAAAUCACGAAUGCCAUAAAAAAACAGAUGAAUAUAAUUCAAAGGAUCAAAUACUAGCGUCAACUGGCAAUGUUUCAAGAAUACCGCGGUUAAAACAAAUCAUUAGAAGUGUUAUAACUGAGCUAAAACAUAAUGAAAUAUUUAAAAAUAAGACUUCGGAUAGCAACGCUGUUGAAAAUGAAGAAACAGCAAAGUUACUAAACGAUGACACAUAUGAAAAUAAAAUUGAUAAAAGUGAUGGAAAUAAAUUCAGUAACACCGGCGAUAACGGCGAAGAAGUUUACAACGAAGUCGUUAAUAAUAGACGGACUAAUCUUAAUAUUCGCAAUUCAGAGAUAAAACAAAAUAAUGAUCACGUUAUUAAGACCUCUACGAUAUCUAAUAAACAAUUAUCAAAAAGGGCAGAUUGUAAUAAAAACAAAACGAUCGUGCAAACAUCGAUGAACGAAUCUAACGCGGCAAAUAUUGCAAAAGAAAAUGAUUUGCGAGACAAUAGUUCUCAUCUCUCUCAUCAAACCGUUACUAAUGCAAGUUCGACAAAUGGUGAUAAUGAGUCUUAUGUUCAUAAAAUUAAAGCCGAAUCUCCAAAACCAAGAGACAAUAUACAAUCGGACACAAAUCUUAUAUCCGUUAAUAAAACCUCUGUUCACAAUGAAAUACGAAGGAAUGCCAGUCACGUUAAGAGAAGAAUGUCGUAUGUUAUUGAGACUAAACCAGUUAAAGAUAAAUUGAAAAAAGUCGCAAGUGAUGAUCAUCUUGGGUCAAGAACUUACUCACUCGGACCCAAAAAACCGGCUCCCCUAGCAACUUCCAGUCCACAGCAGAGAACCUACCGACGAGGCUCAGCUGAGGUGAUGCGAGCCUUGUCUCCCGACAGCACUGAGUGCGAAAUAUCUUCUCUCACAGACCUGCCUGAUGAAACCGAUGAUAAAAGUCCUCUCAACUAUAUGUCUCCUGGUGAACAGCGCGGCAGCACGAGUCAAUAUCUGUCAUCUGACACUUCGCUGAGUGAGGGGGAGCUUUAUCCAGUUUCGAAGUCGUCGUUUGACAAAGUUGAUGUGAAGAAUAAAAUUGAUAUUAUUGGCCGAGAUUCUUCCAUGCAGGAGGCCCUGCGCGCAGCGGGCGCGGAGGUGUGGCGCUGCAGACGCAUGCUGCGGUCACACCCGCCUGCGUCCGGGUACCUUUAUAACUACACGCUGCCUUUGAUUUGAAAACUUGUUGCUAGAAGUUUGAUCACUAUUAUUUAAUAAGACAUUUAUUUUAUGAUUAUUUGGGUUUUUAUUCAUAAGUAUAGAAAGGUACACCGCUGUUUUCCAUUCCAUAUAUUUCUCGUAACUUUAGAAUGACGUAAGCGUUACUGUCUAUUUUUUAAUAAAUUGUUAGUAUGAGGUCCUUACACUUGUUUUGAAUCUCUCAAAUUGAAUGCAUAAUUAAAUACAAAUUCAACUAAGAAUACAAUGCUCAGUGCAAUAAUGUAUUUAUUUAUAAUAUGUGUUAUAAAUAAAGAUAUAUGAAUCAACCACUGCAGUAUGACAUAGCCGAGCUGUUGAUCGGUAUCGCUGAUUACACUACAAACAGUUCGGGCUAGUACGCAAACCCCAUGAAAUAUUUAAAGCGAAGAUUAGUUUUCUAUAUACGAUUAAAGUACGGUUACAUUAUAAGAUAUCUCA